CACCCACCACCUUCUCAAACUCUGUUACGCGUUAUUCUAAGAUAAAGUACACUCACCUAGACGAUUAGAAUUUCGAUGAAAUUUAUCAAAUGUAGUGAAACAAACCUUAUCCUUUUCAAAUUCUUGAUAUAAUUCUCUAUCUCAAUUAAUUAAUUAUUGGGUAUAUCAAAUUACAUCUCCUAGGAAUCAAAUCUUCAAGAAUUAUGACUUGAUCUUUAAUUGGCCAAACCAUGCUGCACUGAUUCUUUUAAUAGCAACCAUGCUUCUUUCACAUCUCACUCCUCCUACAUCCUCGCUUCAUUCUCUCAUAAGCCGUCACCGUUUCUUUCUCCAAAUCUCUUCCAUGCUUUCGGCUUCGAACCAAAAGGGCAAAUUCGUCAAUUCAACUACCGAGUUUUCCUCGUCGCAACCAUCAUCUUCUGUUCGCAAAGACACUGUUAUGGCUGGUUGUUCUAACAAUGAAGAUGCAUCUCAGAACAAUGAACCAUCAAUAAUGAUAGGAAGUAUUACUGUAUCGCUGGAUCCAAAAAAAAGGAAGAAUAAUGUUUCGCCUCCUUCAGCACCUAGUCGCACAUCGUUUGCUGGCAAAACAUCUGAGUUAAUGUCUAGUUCUGACCAUUCAACUUCCUCAUCGAUAGCUACUACUAGUGUUAAACCAAGAAAAUCAAAGAGAAAAACUCGAAUUAACUUAGGAUUGUCCCAUGCAAGUGAAGAGAAUUGUAGUGUACCACAUACUAAGGAAUUCUCAACAUCUAACUUGACAAGUUACCAUGAUGAAUCCCCUCAAGAUAGCCAUUCUUGGAAGAAGAAAGAUGCUUCUUUUAAAAGACCGUAUUAUAAUAGCCCUACCAAUUCCAACUAUUCAGUAGUUGGACACAAUUUAGAUUCUCCAGUUGGUACACCAAAGUUUAAACCAUUUGACAUUUGCUUUCAAAGAAAGAGAAAUUCUCCUUCAAUAGGAGCUACAUCGCAUAGAGAAAGCAAUGAAAUGGGCAUUGAGAUGCAGGAAGAAGAGAUACAAGAGGAGAUAUUGUUGGGUCCUGGGAUGGUUCUCUUGAAAAAUUUUAUUACUCAUGAUGAACAGGUGGAAAUAGUAAAAGUGUGCCGUGAACUUGGUGUUGGUCCGGGAGGGUUCUAUCAACCAGGUUAUGCAAGUGGAGCAAAACUUCGAUUGAAGAUGAUGUGUCUUGGGAAGGACUGGGAUCCUCAGACCUAUAAAUAUGGAAAGAAACGGGUAAUUGAUGGCAGUGAGCCACCCAGUAUUCCCAAUUACUUCAGUGAGCUGGUUUCAAGAUCAAUAAAAGAAGCACAUUCUCUAAUUAAGAAGGAAUGCAGAGUGUGGAAUGUGGAGGACGAACUUCCUUCAAUGACUCCUGAUAUAUGCAUAGUCAAUUUUUAUACCAACAAUGGAAAGCUUGGUCUUCAUCAGGAUCGAGAUGAAAGCAGAGAAAGUCUCCGGAAAGGGUUGCCUGUGGUGUCUUUCUCUAUUGGAGAUUCAGCUGAAUUUCUGUAUGGUGAUCAGAGGGAUGUUGAGAUGGCAGAGAGCGUACUUCUAGAAUCAGGAGAUGUGUUAAUAUUUGGUGGUGAAUCUCGACAUGUCUUUCAUGGUGUGUCAUCAGUUUUGCCAAAUUCAGCCCCAGAGAAAUUGCUGAGAGAUUCUUGCCUUAUUCCUGGUCGUCUCAAUCUUACAUUUAGACAGUAUUAAUUGGUGUACCCUCAUCUGUUCUCUGAAGCAAUGCUAUUGAUGUUAUUAUAGACAAUUUUUUUAUACUUUUAAUAUAUCAAUGUUGCAGAUAAUUGUGUAUAGUUACAUUGCUAAUUUGCUGGCAUAAAUGUUACUUGUGCUCAUAAUUAUCCCUUAUAAUUACAUAUAAAUUACUUGAUGGAUUCAAUUCAUAAUAUGAAGUUC